CUGCUAAUCUUCGUUUGGGCGGUUGAUUGACCUUUUCUCUCUUUCCUGUAGCCGCCCCCAAAUCCUCGACCUACGCCGAAAAGGGGAUCCUCGAUCCUGGGAGACUCCCCCCGUGUUUUUUGCCAUGUUGUCACUCGCUUCGACACACAGCAGAUGGCUUGCUACUGUUGCUACUUUGUAUAUUUUCCUCCAGCCAAGUCUUGCAGCCUACGUUCAGUUCAAAGACUGCUAUAAUGCGCUCCCCGCCGACAGCGUUUCCAGCCAGCCGCGACCAUCACUCGAGUCGUUUAGAGUCGAGUUGCAUCAAUGGAACAAUGCCACGCAAAUUGGCAUGCAAAUCCUAGGUCGGUUUGCAGGAGAGGGGAUAUGUGACUCUGUUCCUACGACGCCGUAUCUGACGCUCGAUGUGGCCUCUGUAAUCGGCACAAGGGUCUACAAUGGGGACGUGACAAAUGUGACUUGUAGCCCAAAUGCCCACUCUACCACCCAGAAAGAAUCGCUUGUUAGCUACAACUUUGGCAACGCCAUCGACCGCAUGCAUCCGCUCGGGGCCUUUGAGCUUGGCGUCCGCCUCCUCGGGGCGGAUCACAAGCCCUUUACCUGCCUGGAAGCGCAUGUCACACCCGAGAUUGGUCCCAAUGCGACAGCCAUCGCGCGAUGGAUCCCGGCCGGCAUCCUCGCCCUUGUUAUCGCUACUGCGGGCCUCAAGUCGCUGUCGCAGCUGUCGUCGAGUCUUGACGACGACCAAUCUGGCCCUUUCUUCCGCGAAGUCGGCAGGUCACAUCUCACGCACAUCGCGGACUGUCUUUCUUACAUUCAAUUCAUCUUCUUCUCCGGCGCGCUUAGCCUCAGCUACCCCGGCUUCUUUCAGCCUGUCGUCAGUCAUAGCAGCUGGUCCACUCUAAUGACCUCGCGGGGUCCUGCUUCUCCGCUUCCCUUUUAUCAUGGUAUCAAGGAUGGAAUAUACGAGGUCAAUGGAACGUUUGGGGGGACCGACGGCUUAGAGCUCAUGACACAGGUUAUCGGCGCACCCGUUACCAUACAGACGUGGAUGAACGUGAUCACUUACACCGCUUUGAUCUUUACCCUUCUUUUCAUCAUUAUCCAGGUCGGGAAGCGGCUCGAUCACACCCGAGACUGGUUCGCUCCGCCGCCAACCCCCGAGGCACAGGCCGCGCAGACCCUCCAAGGCCUGAAGCAUACUGCCUCGACCGCCUUUCGCGCAUUGAUCAGCUACUUCCUUUUACCUGUCGUCGCGUGGACGACUUACCAGCUGGGACACGCCCAGAUCUUUCCGUACUAUUAUACGACUAUCUCGGCUGUGGUGCUAGCCGUCUUGAUUGCCACAUGCUGGUGGAGUGCAUCCCAAUUUAGCCCCAGACACAUGGGCUACCUCAUCCUUGACAGCUCCAAGGAGUACCAGACUCUUACGUCCAUGUCCCGAUCCCAAGAUUUGCUCAGCAUUGCGAUGUUCGGCCUCUCCUUUGCACGAGGUGCGGCUAUUGGUGGUCUCCAGAUAGCUGGCCUGCCUCAGCUGACUUCCCUUCUUGGCUGCGAGAUCAUCCAAGUUAUGCUGAUCUGUCUCGUCCGUACUCCAGCAGCAAUUCUCUCCGUUAGCGGGUUGACCACCGUCGCUCGUCUUCUUAUCACGCUACUCUCUGUUCCGUUUCUCCCAUAUGUGACUGGGCUGGAAACGAAAAGCAUUUUCGGCUAUAUUAUUCUAGUUCUACAUGGCGCUGUUCUGGUAUUCGGUUUCGUUUGUCCCUCUUUGUACACCAUCGCUAAGCUAGGCGCUUCGACCUUACGCAUAUCUGACUCUGAUACUCUGGGAUCAUCCCCGGAAGAGCCACAGGUCUACUCCCUUCGUCGACUCCGCCAACGGCCCAACACUGUCACCAAUCUCUCUCUACCCACAUUGCCGCACCUGGUAGUAUUACAGCCGGCCCAGCCCGAACGGGGCCGGUUCCCGAGCGCUUCGUCCUCUACCAGCCCUAGUUGCCCGGAUAGCCUAGCAUUAGAGGACAAAAGCCGGUACUAUCGCCGCCCGAGAUCCCGUCGUUCUUCCACCGAUAUUCGGUUGCAGGUCUCUGUCUCCCCUCCCAUUCCAGAGGACAUGAUACCCACUCUGCACCACGAACGCGCCAGCUCGCUCUCUUCUUCGGAACAAACCAGCGAAACCAGCUCCGCCGACGCUUCUGAUGCAGUGAGCUGGGCCGAGCCAGCACGGUUUGCUAAUGUUGGCGUGGACUACUCAGUGCGCGAGGUGGACUUGUACUACAAGCGGGCGAAGCAAGGUGACGAGGAGGAGCAGCCGCUCGAGCCAGAGCUAACGCCCAGGUCGUCAAUUUCAACACUAAAUCCACGGCGGAAAGUGUCAGAUAUGUGGAAAGAGUGGGCUACUAGGUCGGUAAAGGGUAAUGGUAAUGAUAAAAAAAGCUUCGUGGUUGUUCGACCGCCGAGGACGAAUUCUUCGCCAACGAGUUCAUUUUCUACAUCCACCACCGUUAUUGCAUCGUCGUCCUCAUCGGCUCUAGACUCGUAAUUAGAAGUCUCUUAUGCGCGGUCCUUUAUAGACAAUAAAUAAUCAUGUAUUUUUCCAAUUAUAUG